UUUCGCAGCUCACCGAACUCGGAGAAGAAAACUCAGCAACUCAACCCGGCGACUCAGAACUCCGCGACGCGCCGCCAUGGCGUCAGUCCACAGCGCCGUCGCUCCGCACAGCCUCUUGCCUUCAAUUCCCAAACCGAAGACCCCUCACGCGAAUGCGCAGAACUUUCCGGCGUUGAGAUUUUCCCGGAAACCGAUUUUCCCGGGAAACAAACUCUCAGUGGCGGCGAAAUCGGCGGUGGAAGAUGCCGACGUGGUAUUGGUGCAAAGCAGCGAUGUUACGGACCAGCAAGAGGGCGUAGUGGUGGUGAGCCGUGUGGAGAUGGAAGGUGGUGAUUUCGUAGCAAAGGAGGGGUUGUUAUCGUUGGAAGGGUUUUCUUCUUCUUCUUCUUCUCCGGGUUUGGUUGGAAAUGGGAGUGAGGAGAGCAUGGAGAAGCUGAUUGAUAGGACUAUCAAUGCUGCUAUUGUUCUUGCGGCUGGUACUUUUGCUGUCACCAAGCUUCUUACCAUUGAUAGUGAUUACUGGCAUGGAUGGACACUUUAUGAGAUUGUAAGAUAUGCCCCUCAGCACAACUGGACUGCUUAUGAGGAAGCUCUUAAGACAAAUCCAGUUUUCGCCAAGAUGGUGAUCAGUGGUGUUGUUUACUCUGUUGGGGACUGGAUUGCACAGUGCUUUGAAGGAAAACCUCUCUUUGAGUUUGACCGUGCGCGGAUGUUCAGAUCAGGCCUUGUUGGUUUUACUCUACAUGGCUCUCUUUCUCAUUACUAUUAUCAGUUUUGCGAGGAGCUAUUUCCUUACAAAGGAUGGUGGGUAGUUCCUGUCAAAGUUGUCUUCGAUCAAACUGCAUGGUCGGCAGUUUGGAACAGUAUCUAUUAUACAGUUGUAGGAUUCCUGCGUUUUGAUUCUCCGAUCAAUAUUUUUAAUGAAUUGAGGGCAACAUUUUUUCCCAUGUUGACGGCAGGGUGGAAGCUGUGGCCAUUUGCUCAUCUCAUUACUUACGGUGUAGUACCAGUUGAGCAAAGACUUCUUUGGGUGGAUAUGGUAGAGCUUAUUUGGGUGACCAUACUUUCAACAUAUUCAAAUGAAAAAUCAGAAGCAAGAAACUCUUCGGUACUUCCUGAAGUGACAUCUACUACAUCUGUUCACCCUCCUGAGGAGAAACGAGAAGAGUUAUGACCAGAAACAGUGGGAGAAAAUGGCUUUGCUCAAUCAGAUUGUUGAAAUAGUAUAUAGCUCACAGAACCAUGAUUUGGACAUAGAUUUAUAAUGCAGAAAGUGGGAAAUGCUGAUUGUAUAUGUCUAUAUGUUGCAUCCCUCGGAAAUUCAUGUAUGUAAGUAACAUGAACUUUCCUGUAAGCAUUACACACUGUAAUUUUUUUAUAAAUAGAUAAUUUAUGUUUAAGCUUGGCUUCCAUUAAACUGUAUAUAUUAGAACGGGGGCUGUCUAACAUGUUAUUCCAGAAAACAUGAAACGUGUAUGUGUAUGAGUAUCUUCACACAAAUGUUCUUCAUUCA